AUGAAUUUUCUCACAGUAUUGUUCGUAUUCAUCGCUUUAAUCGUGUCUGCCGUCAGUGCACAGUGGGGUAAGUUUUAUCAUAUGAUCCUGUAACUUACAAAAAUCAUAAGUUUUUAACAUAAUAAUUAGUAAAACGUCCUGAAGGAGAGGUCGUUGUCACUGAAAAAUUAAAAAAUGCAAGUUUUUUAUUAAGAAACUUUUGGAACCUUCCUUUACAUAGUUGAUCACCCACAAAAGCCUUUUUAGAAUGCAUUUAAAAGUUGUAAGGUUCAUGUUAAGCAAAAUUUCAUCUUCAAAAAAGUUUCUUCCUCAUAGAGAAAAACUAAUUAAACUUUUUUAAAUGAAGUUUUAAACCCAUAAGCAAUAGAGUUUACUAAUGUGGUUAGUCAACAGGAUUAAGGAGUUUGUCGGAAUUGGAAACUUUACGUACUAUCAAGUAAGCCUAUACAAAGAUUAUUUUUCGACAAAAAUUAAACUUUAAUAACACAUAGUUUAUAUAAAAUUCCAAAUGUGCAAAACGUCUAAGAUUAUAUAAAUUAUAUAAAGGUUUUAAAACUUAAUUUUUAUAUAUCUAAGUUGUAGCAUUUACAGAUUUAACCAGCCAAGGAGACGAACAAAUAAUGGUUCCAUGUAAGUUUUUUUCUUGCCUUACCGUAUCUUUAGUAAAAAAAGAAAAUGAAGUGUGUGAAAAACAAUAUAUUACACUCUGUCAUUUGUUUAAUUUUUAUUUAUAACACCACCUACAUUUCCCAUAGGCAAACAUAAUGAAUACAUAUAGAAAAAAACUGUGUAUGUAGGGUGUAAAAGACUAUAAUUGAUGAUUAAAUUUAAUUAUUUUAGCAAAUUUAAAAACAUCAAAAAACAGCGCUAACAUUGAUUUUGACUGCUUUGCAAAAAUAUGCAGAAAAGCUAAUAGGUUAUUUUAUUAAGCUUAAGAAUAUAACAUAGUACAACUCACAGAUCUCAAAAAUAGCUAAGUUCAAAAAGUUUUACAACAAUACACAUUCCCACUAAUAGACGAAAGUAGGGUAACGCCAUUUUCAGUUCUAUUGAAAACUUACGUGGUACGGAAUAGUUUUGCAAAGAUACAUAAACAAUGCGCUGAGUUAUAUUUAUUAAAUUUUUUUAUAAUUUGAAAAAGUGUUGAGUAUUAAGAAAAUUUAAAAACAUUUUGGUAGUUAAAAGACAAAACGCUAAAAAAGCAUAUUUUCUAGAUGGAAACAAAUUACAACUAAUUAGUAUUUGUAGUACUUAAAAAAAGUACAACAAACAGUAAAUACGUACGCUUUGUUGUUGUUGCCACUAAUUUGUAAUAUAUACUUGUUGUCGCAAACAAUGGCAUAAUUUUAAUGAUGUAUUUUCCCACCAUUUCAAACUUUUUUAUAAAAACGAAGUGAGAUUGAGCGACACAACAACAAUAUUAUCUUUAUGGAUUUGAAGCGUAUUUAGUGGUCAUUUAAUAUCAAAUAACCUUAGUUAAUUUGCAAAUAAUUUUAGUUGAUUUUGUUUUGUUAAAUUUAACUUUUGAAAUGAAGUAUAUUUAUAUUACUCAUGAAAUAAUGUGUUCAAAUUUUAGUGAAAAAAGGCCGACCACGUGGUCCACCCAGAUUUGGGAAGCGCUCCAGCCCGCUCGCCGGUCAUUUUUACGGUGGGCGAGCAGCUCGUGCCGUUUUGCUGCCCGAACCUCUACCCUACUACUAUGAUCUCGAAUAA